UCUAGAUUUUCCCACUGGCAACGUGGACAUUCUCCUAUCAAAAAUCCAAAAUCAAACGUGGAUAUUCUCCAAUCGUACAACAAAAAGUACUGCUACUAGUUUGGGCUUCGAGGUCGGCUAUGGCUUCUACUAAUUCCAUCAGCAGUUUUAACAUUACCCCCAAAACCCUCUUCAAUUCUCAUUGCAAAUCAAAACUUUCUUCAGCUUUUCGAGCGUUAACCAUUCCCGGAGGCCGAGUUUCUUUCCCAAUUCGUGCUAUGGGCUCCUCUGCUUCUUCCCCAAACCCGGACAAAAUUCAAGGUGGAGGCCAAGUAGAAUAUGCUUCAGUAAGUGAUGAAGAAUGGAAGAAGAGGCUCACAGGGGAACAAUAUUAUGUGACCCGGCAAAAGGGGACUGAGAGGGCUUUCACUGGGGAAUAUUGGAACACCAAAACUUCAGGAACUUAUCAUUGCAUCUGUUGCGACACUCCUUUGUUUGAAUCAUCAACCAAAUUUGAUAGUGGAACCGGUUGGCCGUCGUAUUAUCAGCCCAUAGGAAACAACGUGAAGUCAAAAAUGGACUUGUCAAUUAUUUUCAUGCCCCGCCAAGAAGUUCUUUGUGCAGCUUGCGAUGCUCAUCUUGGCCAUGUCUUUGACGAUGGGCCACCCCCCACUGGAAAGCGUUACUGUAUCAACAGUGCGUCCCUGAAACUGAAACCCAAGUAGGAGCCUGAGCAAACAAAGCAUAUCAGAUGGAUACGAGUUUAUAUCAUAGCUGAUGAGGAAUUUGUACGUAAUUUUACCCAUUUCUGGGCCACUUGUACGUAUUAAGCUCUUACUCUGUGACUUGAAUAUUCAUUGUAUACUAAACCUUUGUUAAAUAUCCAAGUUGAGUGCGACGUGUGGUGCUGUUAUACUCUUGGUGGAGUUACCACCUUCAAUGACCAAAACUCUACCAUAUGAUUGCA